CAUGGCCGCUCUCUGCUGACACUUGUGACACGUGGGCAGAAAUAAACAUUAAACCGCACGCGCACGACGGAAGCCCUGCAGGAGUUUACGGUCUCGUUAGAUCGCGCGCAUGAGCCUCAAACAGCCGCUCGCUGUAUUAACCAAACACGGCGGGGUCGCGAGAACGAUGGAGGAUCUGGAGCUGCUCGUGCUGAGAGGGACUCUGUCAGAGCGCGAGAUGUCUGCGUGCGACGUCUUCCACACCGCAGAUGGAGGUCCUUUGCUUCGGUUGCUCUUUGAGGGUGAUUUCGAGGCCGUGCUCCUCAGUUCCCCGGUGCUGAGGCUGCUGGAUGGUGAUGGGGAAGCGUCUGAGAGCAUCGAGGCGUACCUGGAGCAGCGCGUCCUCACCUACCUGGCCGACGCCCCCGAAGACCAGGCAUGUGACAGGGAGACUGCUGUCUUGUCCUUGGCCGUGUCCUGUCUCAGUCUCUUUGUUCAGUCUAACUGGACAGGGCCUGCGUUCGUCCUGCGUGUGUCUGACCUCCUGCCUGCAGGACUCCUGCGCCAUUACUCAGAGGCCGGGGCGCUGACCUCAGCGCUGCUGUCCAGUCUUCUGCUGGAUGGGGACAGUGUGUACGGGCUGGUGUCCAACCCCCUUCUCCUGCUGCUGGCGCGAGUGCUUCUCGUCAGCUGUGCCGCAAAGCUGGAACACCUGCAGCUGCUGCCCUGGUGGACUUUGAGAUAUGCAGCUUUGCAUCAGCAGGUUCUGGCGGAAAGAUCCCCACAACUCCUCAGCCUAGCAAAGAGCUGCAUGGACAAAGUGUGUGUGCGUGACCUGCUCACUGGCGGAACGCACCGGAAACUGGCUGUGCUCUUUCACCUGGAGUGUAGCUACACCUGCCUGACCUACUACGAGUACCGCAACGCUAAAGACCACCUACAAAAAGCACGCGAUCUCUCAGGACUUGAAAUCAACAUGACGGGUGCUCUGGGAAAGAGAACCCGUUUUCAGGAGAGUUGCAUUGCUCAGCUCAUCCUCAGCGUUAAAAGGAAGGAAGAUUCACCUGCCCGGCUCGAUGGUGACCUCUCACCUGCACCAACGCCCACAGAGCUCCUGCCAAAGGACCACCAGCUGAACGAUGACACAUUGCUAAACCAGAUGACCCUGGCGGAGCCGCAGGAGCACCAGCUGCCACAGCUGACUGCAGAGGAGCAGGCGCUCGUCUUGGCAGUGUGCACAGACUUCCAGAAGAAUAAUCCGCUCCACAAACUAAACGAAGAGGAGCUCCUGGCCUUCACAACCUGUUUGCUGUCUCAGCCCAAGUUCUGGGCCGUGGAGGUGACGUCACUGUGCCUGAGGACCAAACUGGAAAGGUCCAGCUCACGGAGGGUGGAGAGAGCGAUGAUGCAGACGCAGACGCUGGUGGACUUCUUCAGUGAGAAGACGUGUCCAGUACAGGAGAGACUGAAGAUCUUCUACAGCUGCCAGGCACCACCACACUGGAGCAUACAGAGACAGUUAGCCACUCUGCUAACAGAUCUGGGUUUGACUAGCUCUGCUUUGCUGAUCUAUGAAAGACUGGAACUCUGGGAGGAUGCUGUCGUCUGUCUGGAGAGGAUAGGCCAGCACGGCAAGGCAGAGGAGAUCCUGAGACGUGAGCUGGAGAAGAAGGCGACUCCGUCCCUCUACUGCCUGCUGGGAGAUGUAGUGAAGGACCCUCAGUACUACGACCAGGCCUGGGAGCUGUCUGGACAGCGCAGUGCCCGCGCCCAGCGCUCCCGCGCCUUGCACCACCUCCGCAACAAAGACUUCCAGCAGUGUGUGGAGUGUUUUGAGCGCUCAUUACGCAUCAACGCCAUGCAGUUGGGGGUGUGGUUCUCUCUAGGUUGUGCGUAUUUUGCGUUGGAGAAUUACGAUGGAGCAGCUAAAUCCUUCCAGAGGUGUGUGGGGCUGGAACCAGACAACUCUGAGGCCUGGAACAACCUGUCCACAGCCUACAUCAAACUCAGGAAGAAGGAGAAAGCCUUCCACACCCUGCAGGAGGCACUCAAGUGCAACUACGAACGCUGGCAGAUCUGGGAAAACUUCAUUGCCGUGUGUGUCGAUGUGGGCGAGUUUGCCGAGGCCAUCCGAGCCUACCACCGCCUGCUGGACCUGAAAGACAAGUACCAGGAUGUGGAGGUCCUGGAAAUCCUAGUACGGGCAGUGGUGGAAAACCUCGCCGAUCGCCGUGGCAACCAUGCGUCUAAUCUGAGGGGUAAACUGCAGGAGCUCUUUGGCCACAUCUCCGCCCGAUGCAGCACUGACGCCAAAAUAUGGAAGCAGUAUGCCUGUCUCUAUGGCAACGGAUACAGCGACAACAAAGAGGACAAUGCAAAGGCGCUGCAGUUCCUGUCUAAGGCCCACCGGUGUGAGACACAGACAGCAGGUUGGGAGAAAGAACCUCACACCUUCAGAACUGUGCUGAGAGGAGCCAUGGAAAUGGGCACUGUGUCUAUCAGCUGUAGCAGGGAACGCAGUAACCCCAGGGAGGCACUACAGCUGCUCUCUUCUGCACGGCUCAGUCUGAAGAGUGUGGCCACCAAAGCCAGACAACUCUACACGGAUGUGACCACGGGGGAACUCCAGGACAGCCUCCAGAAUGAUGUGUCCGAACUGGAGCGGUUGAUCUCAGAGCUGCAGGACCUGAGUGCUCAGCUGCGCAGCCAAUUAGAAUAGCCUCGUGUUUUUUCUUCCUGCCUUUGACUCGUUUUAUACAGUGAUUUGGCAUUUAAAUAUGUUCCACUUAAUCCAGAUUUAAAAAUACUCAGAUUAAACCUGAAUCACACUAGUCAGGGUGAGUCAGAGUUCAAACCCUUUUCCUGUGUUUGGGACCCACCUAAAGUACAGAGAUCUUUAACAUCAAAUGGACAGUGUUGAGGUCAGUGCAGAAGUUUAAAUAAUGUUGCUGGGCUCACCUGUAGCAGAGUAAAUGUGCUACACACACACACACACACACACACACACACACACACACACACACACACACACACACACACACACACACACACAGAGUCAUGUCCACAAAGCGCUGAAGGGUUGGUGUGGGUUGAGGUCUCAGCUGAGCACAUCACAGGCAUAUGAGAUCAUAUAAACUUGUGCAUAUGGAAGCAUUUGAUCAGAGACACAGCCAUAGUGAUCUGUGAUCAGUUAGUGAACACAGUCAUCGGUUCAGAUCUCCGGUACACACUGUCUUCAUCAUGCCUGUCUCCUCAGUGCCACCCACUUCCUGCUUUGUCACACUAGCCAAUUAGCUGUGUUGCGGUCAGUAAACUCUCAGUUGCACUGAGGAAAAGUCUAUGUACCCAAAAUCCAUGUUGUACCAGACGAAGACCUUAACCUCCCAAAGACCCAGACGUCAAGAGUUCCACACAUGACAACUGUAAGACUUUCCAUCUGAUAAUAAAUCAUCUUCAGUUUGUAACAUGUG